UGACCUUGCUUCUUCGCAUCAGAAAUUGACAAAUAAAAAAGAAGUCAAGCAAGCAAAAAAACUCUGAAAAGCAAUAUGUCAAAGAAUAGGAUUUUGGUAAACAAUCAAAGAAAAUUUUAAUUUUCUUACCAUUUCCCGGCCUAGAUGGAAGUGAAAAUGCAGCACCGGACACGGGCACACAUGUUCCAGAUACAGGUCAAAGCGCUGAUCAAGACGCUGAAAUGUCUGCAGUCAGACGAUAAAUACCAGGCGCUACUGUUUCUGAUCUCGGCCAUCAAGCUGUACGUGAAGUUUCUGUACAACGACUGUCAGGAGCGGCUCUGCAAGCCCGCAAUACUCCGGGAGUUGAACAAUAUCGAAAAUGUGAUUGUGGUGAACCUGCUAAAAUCGCGUAGUGCACCCGCGUCGGGUUCGUCGCUGUCAGUUGCUACCGGCCACACAACCGUCUCCUCGUACGGUGAUGACAUUGUGGGCAAAUCCUGUCUCGACAUUGACACCAGCACCAGCGUCCGGUGUACGGACGUGUCGCUCGGUAGCGAUGGUUUGCUGUUGAUGCACCCGCACCGAACUACCACCACCCCCGGAUUAGCCCCACUCGUUCCCUGGGAUCUGCGGGGGAAGCUACUGCGCGGAAAUCUAUUCGACGGGCUGCCACUGACCGGAAGCACCAGCCUGGGCACGGAACUGAUCAGCAAGGGUGGUUCGCUGCUAAAGACGGGACAGCGCGUCGCGUCCGGGAACCGUUGGUUGGGGAACGUGCGUAUGAAUCGUGCGCUGGUGCGUAUGAUCGCCAAUCACGACUUUAAGCUGCUGUUCAACAUGUUCGAGCAAAGCAUCUUUCCGGCGUGGAAAAUUUACAAAAACGAACGAAUAUUCGUGCGGAAACGGCCCGCCCUAACGACGGUAACGGUACGCACCUCGCUUCCCGCCAUUUGUUACGGCAGCGGCUCGUCCCAUUCGCCACCGGCCACGUACAUCAAGAAGGAGGAGUUCGAUUUCGAUCCGCCGUACUCGAUCACGGACGACCAUAGCUUCGAGGAGCUGAAGGACGAGGAUGAUGAGGAUCUGUUGCUGAUGAAGGAGGACGAUUCGAUAGACAAUUCGAACGAAAUCUUCUCGGAGGAGGAAUCUUCGACGAACAACACCUCGCUGAUGCUGUCGUCCGAUACGAACACGCUGGACACGAACGAUUCGAGUAUGGUUUCGCACGAGCGCAACAAGGAGCAGGUGUACCAGUGCUUACUAUGUGAUAAAAGCUAUAGGAAACGCAAAUCUCUUGUCAUCCACUUUAGCCACCAUCCGGGCUUCUGUCCCGAUUGUGGCAAACAGCGAGGAGUAACUUCCGAGGAAAUCGUUGAGCACAAUCGAAUCUAUCACAAAAACCGGCCUCACAUAUGCGAACACUGCGGGGAAACCUUCACACGGAAUCAACAGUAUCAGAUACACGUCCAGGGACAUUUUAUAAGCAAGGAUAGAGUAGCGGAGCAAAAUUGUAAAAAAACUCACAAGUACAGCUGUAAAACAUGCGGUAUCGUGUUUAACAAUCAGAAAUAUCUCGAAAAGCACAUCCAGAAAACCAACCACCAGGCGGAAGGUUUGGUGUGCGACAUUUGUGGUGCAAUAUUUUCCAACAGUAUCAAACUCAGUCAGCACGUCAGUCGCACUCAUCACACCGUGUUUCCACCGAAAGCUACCUUAGAAAGGAGUAUGCUUCUGCAGGGAACCAGCGUCACGGAUAAAGCGUUCACCUGCGAACAGUGUGGUGCAUCGUUUCUCUCCCAGCCCUCACUACGGGAACACAUCAAACUGUCACAUUCCGUUCCGGAAAACAAGUUCGAGUGCAAUAUUUGCAACAAACUGUUCGCCGCCAAACGGUCCCUCAAACGCCAUAAACUUUGCCAUUCGGACGAGCGCGCCUUCCGCUGUACGGUGGAAAAUUGCAAGGAAUCGUACAAAAAUCAAUCGCACCUUGCCCGCCACAUGAAAACGGCCCACCACAUUGAUCCGCCCUCGAAACGGUUGCAGAAGGCGAAAGCGGCAGCUGCGGCGGCCGCAUCGUCGGCGACGGCCAACACCGGUUCGACCGCUUCGUUAGUCGAUCCGAGCUCGACCAGCGGAGACUUUAUCGCGCACGGUGACGGUGCACCGCUGAUGGGUGGCGGCGGAUCGUGCGAUUCGCUGAAGGGAAUGGGCAGCACGUUGAAGAAAUCGCUUGGAAGUAGCGAAAAAUCGCUCGGCGACAGUAGCACCAACUUCAGCGAUAAUCUCUCCUCGUUUAAUUACGAGUUUUCCGACGCGACCACGGCAGGAACGUCGACGCCAGCGCUGGCCGCUACGUUGAGUACGGGUGGCGACGGAGGGCCCGCUCUGCUAACGGGCAAUCGUACGUCAGCGCUAACUUGCGCCGUAAGUGGACCGCAAGCUGGUGCGUUUAAUGAUCCCGUGAUUGGAUUUGGUGCGAAGCACCAGCAACAACAACCGCAACAUCAGCAACAACACCUCGGUGCAUGGCAGAAUCUCGAGUUUGCGUCAGCGACAACGCAUCGAUCGGCAGCAAUGCCGGGCGGUGUCGGUGGCAUGCAACCGCUGCCGGACCCACUGGCAACGACCGGUAGCUUUAUGGAGGGUGGUGGCCACCACCAUCCACAACACAUGCAAAACCACCAUCACAACAUGCAGCAGCAGCAGCAGCAGCAGCAACCGCCCCACCAUCACGGACCACCGGGCUCGAUCGCGAAUCAGAUGAUCGGGACGGGGAGCAAUUUUAUGACCACUGGAAGCAGCUUACCGGCCAGCGCGAGGAGAUUCCCUCUUCCCGAGGCUAGCUUCAUCUGCGAACACUGUGACGAAACCAACUUCAUCAACGCGCAACAGUACCAGCUGCACGUACAGGACCACUUCGCCGCCAAGGAGGGUAAAGAUCACCCGAGCAAAAAGCUGCUACGGUUGAUCUGUAAAACAUGCAAUCUGGUGUUUGCCACUGGAGCACAGCUCGAUCGGCACAUACAGAAAACGAACCACCACACCGAAAGCAUCGCGUGUGAAAUAUGUAGUGCAAUAUUUAACUCCAACCUCAAGGUUUACCAGCACAUGUUAAAGUGUCACAAGAACGAUGUUUGGUUUGCUUGUGAACAAUGCUCAAAGGUUUUCAUAUUGAAACAGGACUAUGAUAAGCAUCAGCUAGUGCACCAGACGGUUACGGAUCGAUCGAUCAUCUGCGAGCACUGUGCAUCGUCCUUCCUGACCCAGGAAGCGCUAAAGGAACAUAUCAAAAUUGCCCAUUCGAUGGAUAAGAAAUACAAAUGCAACAUUUGCAACAAGCUGUUCGCCGCCCGUCGAUCACUCAAACGCCAUAAACUGUGCCACGAGGAGGAGGCCGCCUUCCGGUGUCCGGUCGACGGCUGCAAGGAAGCGUUCCGCACGGCAGCCAACCUGGCCAAGCACAAAAAGAUGGCCCACCCGGCGACAGGACUGGUCGCUUCGGCGGGCCUAAAUGUGAUGGCGCACGAUCCGAUCGUCGAUAAGGGUGGUGCGGGGCUUGGGAUGCCUUCCGGCGUUAAAAUGCUGCCAGGCACGCCGAACGUUGGACCGGGCGUUGGGGGUGGUGUGACGAUGAAGGGUAUGGAGAAAGUGGCGUUACACCAUCCGGAAGCGCCCGGUGUGACAAUGUCACCCUCGGGCAGCAGCCAGACGAUGGGCGGUCAGCUGGGUGCGAAUCCGAUGAUGGGAAUGAAUACUGGACCUUCGGCGAUGAAGACGGACGGACGAUCGUCCGCUGGCGGUAUGAUGGUGGUGCCGCCGUCCCGCACAAGCAGCGCAGGCAGUAGCGCCGGCAUGGGUGGCAUUAAUAACGGGAGCGGUGGGGCUAACAUCCCGUACAAUCCGUACGACGCCGGAGGAAUGAACUACAACAGUGUGCUGGGACCGCCUGGGGUCGGGGCGGGUGGACCUCACCAUACCCAUCACCAUCAUCACCAUCACCUUCAACAGCAGCAGCAGCAGCAGCAGCAGCAACAGCAACAAGCUCAGCUUGUGCAGCAACAUCAUCCGCAGGCUCACUCGCAUCACCAUGCGCAAUCUCAGUUCGUCGGAAUGGGAGGCAAUCCGGGCAGCUCCUCGGGCCUGCAUUACGCAGCGCGCGGCGGAGGUAACGGACCCGUCAGUCAGACUGCGGAACAGCAGUCUAUGGCGUACCGCAUGGGCGAACCAGCUGCUUCCGGGUCCGCCCCAACAGCAGCAACAAACUCCCCCAACAUUCCGUACGGCUACAGUCAGCUGAACAGUGCGUUCGAUUGGCAGGGUAUGGAGAUGGGCACGGCGGCCAAUGCCGAACCGGGCCUAAUAAGUGGGUCACCCGGUGGGCAACCGCAGGGUGGUGCGCCUGGCAGUUCCGGUACCAUGAAGAGUGCAAAUAGCAAUAAAUAUUACAACGCAAUGCAUGAAGCUGCUAGUGGUGGUGGUGGUGGAGCGGCCGCCCCGUCGUCAGCGGUUGGCGGUACCGCAUCGACCGGCUUUCUUUCGCCUCAGCAGCUGCAACAUCAAUCUCCCCAUCACUCACAACACAUGCAGCAGCAUCAUGCACAGCAAAGUCAGCUUCAGCAGCAGCAGCAGCAACAUCUUCCACAUCAUUCGCAUCAUGGACAGGUUGGUGUUGGUGGUGGGCUACCGAACAAACCUGUUCCGGACCAGCAUACCUCCCAUCAGCAGCAGCAGCAACAGCAGCAACAACACCUGAUGAGUAUGAACAGUCAGGAAAUGAUGGGCUACCAGGACAUGUGGAACGCGAAUAUGAUGAAAAUGGACUUCCAAGAUGAAGGAAGCAGUGCAAACACGGCAAGCGGCGGUGCUUACAGCAGCUUAGGAAAUAUUCUUAACAAUCUGGAAAUGAUGGGCGGUAGCAAUAGUACUUUCGAGCAGCAGCAGCAACAGCAGCAAACUCAGCAGCAACAGCAAGGCUAUGACAUGAUAUCCACUCCGCGUACAAGCGCUGACGCUCAUCCACAGUCACAGAGAGUACAGUCCGCUCAAUCGCCCGCCUUGACACCGCAGCAAGUACAACACCAUCAGCAUCAUCACCAGCAGCAGCAGCAAUUACACCAGCAGCAACAAGCACACGCGAAAGGAAGCCACUUCCACAAGCAGCCUCAGCAGCAACAUCCUGCGCACGGACACGCCGCCGCACAAAUGCUACCGGCCGGUGUGGAGCAGAGCCAGAUGGUGAACCAACACCACCAUCAGCAUCAACAGCAGCAAUACUUUCCCGAUCAUCACGGUGCGCAUCAGCAGCAGCAGCAGCAGCAGCAGCAGCAAAUUGGUGCGCCACCUCUGGGAACGAUGCCCCAUUCGAAAUCGCUCGAUCACUAUCAGGACGCGAACAGUGCGGCCGCAGCUGCUGCAGCUGCUGCAUCGGCCGCCAGCAUGUACGGCAUGAACGUUUACAUGCAGCGUCACUCCAUCGAUCAGCCCUAUCACUACACGAUCGCAACGCCGUACGGUGGUGGGCAGGCUGGCGCCGUUACGUCGGCCAUGCAACAGCCAGCGUACGAGGGCGGACCGCUCGAUGGAAUGCUGGCGUGUGGUGGGGGAGUGGCCGGCGGUGUAGGCAGUAGUGCCGGUGUAAGUUGCGGCAGUAACAAUCAUCCUUAUAAUAAUGUUCCAGGCAGCAGCGGCGGCGGCGGCGGCGGCGGCGGUCGCUAUCCACCGAUGCCGUACGCAACCAACGCCAACUUUCCGAUGGGCAUGCCACCCGGACCGAUGUUUAUGAAUGGUGGUGGUCAGCUGAAACAUCACCAGAACGGGAUGGUGGAAGGAUGUGGACCGGGGUACCGGCAUGCAACCAUGAGCAUGGGCUAUCCUUCCUAUCGGAACGGUGGUAUGAUGCCGCCGGGUUCCUACUACCAUCAACCGCCGAUGGAUCAAUCAUCGCUCUACGGCGGUACGUCGAUAGCAACGCAAACGGCCGGCUAUGGAGGAUCGGCCGCCCAACCGGGUGCAUCGAUACUAAGCAGCAAGAAAAAAAUGCACGAUGAUUACGAUAUCGUGUCGAGCGGUAUGCGCCGGAGCAACGAUGCAACGUUGCGGUCCGGUGGCGGUGGAUGUGCCAAAAAGCUGGACCGUUAUCACAAAAAUUCGGAGCUGCUGAUCGAUUACGAGAGCGACAUGCUGCCGGAAGCGUUGGCCGAACGGAGUCUGAAAGAGCAGCAGCAGCAUCAUCACCACCAUCACUAUUUGCACCAUCAGACGUCCCGCAACUCGAGGCAAUCGGAUUUCGAUAGCUACGAGGAGGAGCAGCUACAGCGGGAACAGGAGCAAAGUAGCAGCAAUGCAGCGCGACGCAUUUCGAGCAAAAAUCAGGACGGCAUCGGAUGCUACGAAACGUGGAACUACGUGUAUCAAAAUUUGGAAAAGCAAGGCUACACGAAGGAUCUGGGCGAGAGGGGUGACUUUUUGGUGGAUGAGUUGGGCGACGACGCCGAUGGCAGGAUGAUGGAGGACGAGGAGGAGGAGGAGCAGGAGCAAGAGGAUGUCAUUCGACGAUCGAGGCGUCGGGCGGACAUGCUGGUGGAUGAUGUGCAUCACUCGAGCAGGCGAGAAGCGACCAACAACGCGUCCACCAGCACGACGCUGCGCCGCAAUCACAACGAGAAGUUAAAAGCGAUGAAACCGAAAGCCGCCGACAAGGUGGACGGUAUAGUCCGGCAGGCUGGUGGCGGUGUUUCCGGCACCCGACAGCCGGGUUCCGCAACCGAAACCCGUACCCGGCACGAACGGCACGCGUCGUCCGGUUCGGCGGUAACGUCCGCCAGCACGAUGGUGCAGAAGGUAGCGAAAAUGUCACUGUCCACCACACCGACCGACGAUCUGCUGGGGCUGGAGCAGAACGGAUGCAAGCCCGAUGCUACCAGCACCAGUCGACGGAAUUCGGUGACGAGCAAAAAACCCAUCACACCUCAGGGUUCCGGCUCGUCGUCGUCCACCGGCGCGGGUCCGAUGGCCGCGAAGGAAACGAAAAACAACAGUACGAGCACGGGCAUUUUGGUUCACAACCAUCAUCAGCACGGUGCGAUGAGCAGUGGCGUUUACCAGGGCGGUGGCAAUGCGAAGAAGAAAACGGCCACAUUCGAUACCGGUGCGGUAACGAUCAUUAACCCGAGCCCGACUGGGGGCAGUCCCGGUGCUGCCGGUGCCGAAUGGAAUUGCAAUUUCUGUACCUACCUAAACCCGGACGUCAAACGCAUCUGUGAUAUGUGCUCCAAGAGCCGGGACUUCCGGCUCGACGGAACGACGUCGACGACCAGCAGCGCGGCCGCCGCCACCAGCAACGGCACAACGGCAACCUGUGUUUAAAACCCAUUUUAACGGUUUCGCUGAGGAGUGAUACUGUUAAUCGCUCUGUUAUGACCUGGUUCCGGUUCUGUUUUACCGUACCGUACUAUCGUUGUGUUGUUCAAAUUUCACCCGGUACUGUUGUUAACCUGUUUUUCGAUUUUUUAUGUGCAAAUUCCCGCCAACUGUUUGUGUUUUAACCUUCCACGGCCAUUUUAUGUUUUUAUUGUUGCACUUUUACGAUCGUUGUUAGGGUGUGCAAAGACAUGGGACCGUUUUUGUGCGCCUCCUUGGCAUAGGAAUCCGGUGGAGCAUGAGCAUUGCAAUUGCUUGAAGCAAUUUGAGUUGAACAUUAGCAAGGGAGUUGAUUCCGCUAGUUGCAACGAAUGGCGGCAAGGAUUACAGAAUUUUCAGUUUAGUGUUUGGAUGCAAAAGGGACGGCCGUUGCCGUUUGGCCCCAUACUCCAACUAUCAUACUGAUGCGUUGAAGCAGUAGCAUAAUAAUAGGCAUACAAGAAAAACGGGUUCGUAUGGUUAAACCAUCAAGCGUUUUGUGACGGGAAACUAUGUGAAAUUGGAACUAUUAAGAAGCUUUAAACAUUUCGGCCCGCAAGCCGUGACCGGAAGCACACGAUUGGCACCGCAAAACCAAUUAUACCGAAACGAGCGAAACAAAAAAACGAGACAAAACCAAACUGAAAAACUACUACUUGAUAAACUAUGCUGGAGAGGCUGGAAUGUAGGGAUUAAACGACGGAUCGACAAUCGCGCUUUUGCAAAUAAUAUGCAUUGGUGUAUGCUCGCCCAGCAGCACUGGAAAGGCCGAAAGGCCCUGGGUAGGGCAGGGAACCGUGGCCAUAUAAGGGCAACGAAUGGGGAGCCAGUGGAGGAAGCUAAUUAAACAUGAUGUAACCUGGCGUGGCGAGCUCGAACUAGUGAUGGGCAAAUUGAGUCAGAAGGAGUGAAUGAGUUAAAUCGUGAUUCAAAUCAUCACGAAGAGUUAUUGCAACUCACUUAUGAUUUAGCUCUCGAUGCCGCCACCAGUCACUCACUCAGGGCCUCGCAGGGAGUCAGGUAGAUCUCCAGAUCAAAUCACUACUUGGUAAGCGCCUGCACUUACCGCCCAAGGCCUUAGUGAGUUAGUUGGACCGAACGUGAACGUGAGUGAGUGAUGAGUCGGCACGGAGAGUGGCAUAAUUCAUCGAAGUUUUACUCUUAAAGAUGUGAGUAAAAGAUUCAACUCGCUGCUCUCACUUCUGCACUCCGAUCCGAAUUCACGUAACUGGAGUGAUUGCUCCCAUCACUAGCUCGAACGACGAAUAAUUGUUAAUUAAUUUAUCCUCCAAAAGCAAAAUUGAAUUUGAAGGAGUUGCCGCGCCUGGCUGCAAAGCAAAAAAAUACUAGUCACAGAGUGAAAGAUAGCGAGAAGAAGCGAGACGGAGAGAUGGGAAUGAUUUGAAAGCGAGCGGCGUUAAAAGCGAUUGUACAUCAGCAAAACCGAUUGUUAUACACUAUUUAAAAAGGAAAAGUUUAAAAGGUAUUUUUAGUUUUACACUUCAAUACAUGUUAAAAAUGAGACAACAAUGCAAAUUGGAUUGAUAUUUACUGAUUUAGGGUAAACGCAGCAAAACGCUAAACCAAGAGUUUAAGAAAAAAAAUCCCCGGCCCCCCGAACCGAGCACCACCACCACCACCACCAGACAGGGAUUAUCAGCAACCGUUGUGGGAACGCAAGUGGGAAAGGAACGCUGAUUGAGCGAUGGUUUUUGCUGGGGGGUACCUCUAUCUACAUUUUAUAGCAAAUUUCUAAAAAACCGAUCACGAACGCGUAACGCGAAUGGGAUAAACAUAAAGCAAAAUCACACAUACACACUUAUAAAGCAAACCAAAAAUAAACCACAAACUACUAAACAGAACUCAAAACAAAAGGUAAUGGGAAAUGGCGUCGGUAUACGUGGAUCGGUCGGGCCUCAGAAGAGGCCACUCGGUCGGGGUUAGGAACUUAGGCGCUACUUUGUACGCACCGGCAUUUGUGACAAAGUGCGGGGCGAGUAUCGAGGAUAGAUCGAGGAACGAUGAAUGAAACUGUUUCGCAUAUUAUAGAUUUUAAUAAAACAAAAUGAUCCAUUUC